AGUAAGGCCAACCCAUGCAUCAUAUAAUGUCUGGGAGGCUGCUGAUUGUAUUUGCUUUUGAGUCGACUCAUAAGGCCAACGCAUGCACCAUGUAAUGUCUGGGAGGGCGCUGAUCGUACUUACAGUCGUUGCUGCUGCGUUCAUCUCCUCAACUCUCCUUCCCCACAUUCCCUCCCCCACCCUUCCCCAUGUCUCCCCCGGCAGGUUCGCUUUGCCUGCAUGGCCCACUCACAAGGCUGUGCUAGUUUUUUUAGAGUUCUCAGAGCCUAUCACGAGGCACUUGUUUCCAAGUCGACCCAAAAGCAGUUCGCAUUUGCCAGCAUGGUCCGCUCGCAAGAGCAGCACGUGGGCACAGUGUUGGGUCGCUUCGUGGUUAUCUCCUGGCUCUUUGUGGUUCUCAUCGUCACCUGCAGCUACACUGCCAAUCUUACCUCCAUCCUCACUGUUAACAACCUCACUCCUCCUGUACAGUCACUGGCGGCUGUGAUCACAUCCGGCUCCGUGGUGGGGUACCUCAAUGGAUCCUUCUCAGAGCAGCACCUCCUGGGCUUCGGAGUUCGCAGGAAGCAACUCCAGUCCUUGAACAGCGUGGACGAGUACGCAGAGGCCAUGCUGAAUGGCACGGUGGUGGGGGUGGUGGACGAGCGGCCGUUCCUCGACCUCAUUCUCUCGACGGACUGCGCAUUCACCACUGGGGAGGCGGACAUCUCCACCUUGGGAUGGGCGUUUGCCUUCCAAAAAGGGUCGAAUCUUGCCGUUGAUCUGAGCAAGGCCAUCGCUCAGCUCGGGGAAUCGGGAGUUCUGCGAUCCAUCCACGACAACUACGUGCCUAGCAACCUGACGUGCAGCGACCAGUCGAGUGGGGCGUCGUCGGAGAGCCUAGGCGUGGAGGGCUUUCAGAAUCUGUUCAUCGUGUAUGCCGUCAUGGCCACCUUCGCAUGCCUCAUGUAUCUCGCCGUGCUGCUCUACCGCGGCCACCUCGCCAAGCGGGAGCUGGAGGAGGAGGGGGAGGAAGCGAGUGGGGGGAUGUCUGCCAUGAAGGCGAAGCCAUGGAUGAACCCCAUCAAGCACAUCGCCUACCUCUAUAGCCUCGGAGUAGCGUGGAGCAUUGCUCGCAAUAUUGAAGUCGACGAGGACGAGACGUACUAUGAAGCAGACUCGCAGAUGUUUGAUAUGUAUGAUGACCAAUCAUCGUUCAACCAAUCAGAUUUCACGCUCGGGAACGACGACGACUCAAGGCGUGAUGAAUUUCGCUAGUCCGUUGCAGUUUUCAGUUUGCGUCCCCUGUUGUGGUGGUUGCUUAUUUAUUUCUUCUGCUGCUCGCAAUCGGCUAUGCCUGUUGAAAUUACUCCCAACUCGUUUGAUUGCAUACCGUAUUACCGUAUUCCCCCAGAUAUACGCACCGCCGGCUAAAACGCACCAUGGUGCGUAUAUCCAGAGCAGGGCCCACGAUUGGUUUUAAGGUACCCUGAUUGCUCAGUGUCGUACUAAAAAAAAAAACUUUUC